ACAAUGCUCAAGGACGACUCCUUGCUACUCAUACCAAAUGUGUUGAAGGUGUUCUUGGAGAAUGGACAGAUUAAGUCCUUUACGUUUGAUAGCCGUACCACUGUUAGGGAUGUGAUUUCCUCCCUGCAGGACCGCCUCUCACUGCGCUACAUUGAGCAUUUUGCCUUGGUACUGGAGGCAGGUGGUCUAGACCAGAAUCAGAGGUUGCAUCUGCUGCAGGAGAAUCAGCCUCUGACACAUGUGGUGCACAGAACGUAUUUCCAGGGGAUGAAGUGUCUGUUCCGCAUCUGCUUCUUCCCAAAGGACCCUGCGGACCUGCUGAGAAGAGACCCCGCUGCAUUUGAGUACCUCUAUAUACAGAGUCGCAAUGACGUCAUCAAGGAGCGUUUUGGCAUGGAGUGGAAAUCUGACAUCACGUUACGUUUGGCUGCACUCCAUAUCUACAUCACUGUGUCCUCUGCAAGGCCCAAUCAGAAGAUCUCUCUCAAGCAUGUUGAAAAAGAGUGGGGACUAGAGCCUUUCCUACCCCUCACUUUACUUCCAACAGUCAAGGAGAAGAAUGUGUGUAAGACCCUGUCUCAGUUGCUGAAGACGUACCAGCAUCCACCACCAUCGGGCAACAAGGUCCCUCCUCUCCAAGGAAAGCUGCAGUACAUGCGUGUGCUCAACGACCUCCCACCUUUUGGAGGAAUACUGUUCCACACUGUUGGACUGGAUGAGAAACAAUCAGCUACAACAUUACUUGUGGGUCCUCGACAUGGCAUUAGUCAUGUGAUUGACCUGAAAAACAACCUCACAACAGUUCUGGCUGAGUUCAGUAGGGUUGCCAAGAUCCAGCUCUACCGAGAGAGUCAAGGAGUGGCGCGUGUGGAGGUGACAAUCCAUGAGGCCAAGCCCCUGGUCUUACUCAUGGAAUGGCCUGAUGCCAGCAACUUUGCGUGCCUCAUCUCUGGCUACUACAAGCUGUUUGUAGACCCUAAACGAACCAUCUACUUUCGAACCCCUGGUCAGUCUCAGCUGACCAAGGCAGAUUACAGAAGCUCCCACCAUGCCCACCCACGUUCUGGGGCAACCAGCUUGCCAAGUGGAGGUCGGCGAGGGGACGAGAGAGAAAGCUCACACAGGGAGCCAGGGUCUUCAAGGGCCCUAGUUCCGGCAGAGCCUCAACAUCUAGGCCUGUGUCAUGUCCACCUUCGAGAACAACAACAAUUUCAGGAGCUCCAAACACACACUGAAGCUGAACUCGACAUCAAUGAGAACUUUAUUUCUCAGGAGCCUGCUGGGCGGCCCCGCACUAAGUCAGAUCCUACUCAGCAGAGUACAGAGGAAAUAGCUGGGGUUUUAGAGAGCCCAGCAGUGGAGAAUGCAGGAUUUAGAAUCCGAUCUCAAACAAUGGGUCAAUCCCAAAAAAACUCACGAUAUUUUUGUGACUCCUGCAAAGCCAGGCUUAGGGCAGAGGGUCUGUCAGCAGCAGCUAACAGUAGUGGGAGCUCUGGGAAACACUGCUCCAGUGCUUGUGCCUCCCGAGAUGGAGGUGCUGUUGACCUUAUGGCCCUUCCACCCCCAGGGAAUGAAGAGGAGGACGAGGAGGAGGCAGAUGGUGGAGGAGAGAAGCUGCAACCACCACCACCUGCUAUUGCUGCCCCACCACCUGGAUUCAGGGACAACAGUUCAGAUGAGGACGAUUCAAAGAGAGGGAGGAAGGCUCGUACCAGUGCAAGCCCAGGGGUCGCCUCUGGGAAGAUGGCCCAAGCAAAGGAAGAUGUGCCUGUGACACUGAUUGAUAAUGUGGCCACAAGAACAGUCCGAGAUCAUGCCCAGGAGCUUGAUGAUGCUCUGGUGUCCACCUUACAGGCGCUAGAGGCUUUGGCAGCUUCUGAGGACUACCCCCAUCACCCUCAACAGCCAACACAGACUGCAGGGCUGAUUGUCUUAGCUGCCAUUACACCUGAGUCAUCACUGGACUCAGGCCAUGAGACCAACUCCUCUGAAUUGACAGAUGUUUCUGAGAUGGUGUCGGCUAUGAAGCAGAAUCAGAACCAGGCCUACCUGCUGGCUCACCAUAUAAACAAGGAACGUAUUCUCUGCCGCCGUGACUUUCCUCUGGCUAUCCCUGGCUGCACUGCAAAAACCAUAGGGACGGGGGCCUUCUCUGUCGGUCAAAUUCGUGCUGGCUGUCCACCCAAGCAAGUAAUCCUUAGCAAGACUGUUCCCUUUAAAGUUAGUCCCAGUCAAGAUUCAGCAAUACUCAGUGUUGUGACAGAGCAAGGGGGGAAUCAAGACACUACUCACACUGAACAGAAAACAGAAAUAAAAACAAACUCUGAGUCCACCAAAGCAAACACCCCUGAUCCCCCUUCUAAGUCACCUGAAGAACUUAAAGUGUCGGAUGUUUCACUGACAGCUCAAGUCAGUAAAGACCAGAAGUUAACAAAUUCUUCUGGGGAGACACUGUGCCAAAAUCUUUCUGAGGGUAUGAAGGGAAAGACAAUAGCACCUCUUAACACAGACCCUAACAACAAAGCCUUACCGAUCCUCUUGCCUGUGGACAGAACUUCCUCUGCCAAGAUUUCCCCCACAAAAAUGUGCCAAGAUGCCGAGACUGCCUCUAGCGAGACCAUGAAGCCUUCAAGCUCUACAGAACUUCUGCCAGUUGACGACCUUUUCUGCACAUGCCCAGUGCAACAGGAGCCUGGGCCACAACUAAGACUAAAAGACCCACAGGUUCAGAAGGUAGUAGUGUUUCAGUCCUCCUCCCCCACAGAUGACGAGCGUCUUCGGGCCAAAGGCCUCCAGCUGGCUAGCAGCAAAGAAAAUGCAGUUAGAGUAGGACCAGAUCCUAGUUUGGCAAAACCCAGCCCUCAAAUACAAACCAAGUACUCCCCUCGUUUGCCUGUAAAAGCAGAAAGAAAAGAAGCAGCUGAGAGCAAGACUGAGGGUUCCCAGGGCAAAUCCCACCCUGAGCCACAGAAAUGCCCCUUAAAAUCCUUACCAAUUUUAGAUGAUCCAAUGACACCUAGCUCAUCUGUAGAAAAGGUGUCCACUCUCCCAGCCAGAGACUCAAAGAAGCAAGGUAGUGGUAAGGGGAAGUCCCAGCGCAGUGCCCCUUUCUUGAGCUUUAGAAACCUUCUUUCAGCUACGUUCCCAGCAAGAAUGCGAAGAGAAACAGAUGAGCGAAGGGCUCAGUUGCAGAAAGUUCGCCAGUAUGAGCUAGAGUUCUUGGAGGAGCUCUUGAAACCCAAGUCAUCCCAGGGAGACUUUUUGCCCCAGGGAUCCUCACCUGUGCCCUCAGGCACUCCUUGCGCCUGCCAGCUCCGCACCAGCCCUGUCCUAAAGGCACCAGGUAUCUCCAGGGAGCAGAGACGCAGCUGUGACUGCAAGCGAAUGUGUAGGGGCAUGCGACUACCUGACACACCAGUUGGCUCAACAACAGAGACACAACACAGAGGUAGAGAGAGAACUAUCUCGAAGACCCCUCCAGCAGUCUCCAAAGCCCCUCACACCCAAGGUGCUACAAGGAGACCUCAGACCUUAGAGAUCAAGACCACACGAAUACGCUCUACCAGUCUUGAGUCAAGAGAGCCAAGGGGAGAGCCAGGCUCUUGCCUGCCUACCUGUACUUCUCAAACAGAUUGCAUGGGAGCUCCACAAUACAAGAAGCUCCAGAGGCGAUACAGCAUUGGAGAACUGGAUAACAGUACUAGCACACCUGUGUAUGCUGAGGUGAAGCCCAAAGCUAAGAGUCUAGAGAAGGAGAUGGAGAGAGUGAGGGCCACAGGGCUGAGGCUGCCCACCCCAGUAGAACCAGUCCACACUCAGUCUCACCAGGCAGAGGGGAAGGGGAAAAAGGGUGUGUUUUUCAUUCAGGGAGAAGAGCUACUGUGUGAAAGUAAAGAAGGGACUGGUGAGGUCCUGCUAACCCUGCCCAGUGAAGACAGUGAUGAUAAGGAUAAAUGCUGCUCAUUCUGUUUCUGCUACAGGAAGUGUGAAGCAGCAGAUGAAAGCAGUGAGAAGGAUGAGCUCUCAUACUCCAUACCCCUUCAGGUCCUUCCAGGCAUGGAGAUAGACUCACGCACCUUUCCCGUAGUAAGCAAAACACUCCAGGUUCUUAAUGCAGAGGACUGCAGUGGGGAGGAAGAGGAGGAGGAAGAGGAGGAGCCACAGACACAGGAGAUUGACCUGAGAGCUUGUGGUACAUUGGAGGGGAGCCUGGCACGGGUACAGGCUCUACAGGGGAAAACAUUCAGUUUACCUGAUGGUUUCCUAAAUGCCCAGUUGGAUGCUAAUGAGUUGCUAGCUAUCCUGCGUCAGUGUGCUAACAGCCCACAAGCUGAGGGUGAAGCUCGUCUUCAGCCCUCACGGAUUGCAGAGUACAAACAGGAGCUGGCAGUGCGCUUUAAAGAAUUCAGAGCUUCUUGUCGACGAGUGGCAAGUGUAGAAAAAAGCCCAACACGUAUGCUUGCUGUUGUCUCAGCUAGCUUUCAAGUAUUGUGUGAACUAACUCAAACCUUCAUUAAAUUGGUCAGGGGGGUUCGUUCAGAAGCCCAAAGGCUGCAGCUGUUGAGAAAGGUUGAGGAAGUAGCUAUCAACUACACUUUGCUUCUGCGUGCAGCAGAAGAAUCAAUGGGACAUUCAAGCAGCCUGCCGACAAAGACAGUGAGCCCUCAAGUUUCCUCCAACACCAAUAACAUGAGCUCACUCACUCGACCCAUCAAAACUCUGCCUGCCCAGUAAAAAUAAACCUGGCAGGGAUGUAAUCAACAGUCCAGAAUGUGGGUGGCUACUCUAUCCAAAUUCAUUAUUUAUUUAUUGUUUACAUUUUUUACAAGACGUGCAAUGAAUCAUCCUCAGUAAAAAUUGCAAUGCAGCUGUUCCAUCCCAUGUUUACAGGCCCUGAGGUAGCCUUGUGGAUCUUGUUUUGAAAAAUAAAGAUACACCAAACUAAUGCACAAUGGAAUAAGAACCCUAUAACAGACUGGGUGAUACAGGGCUAAUCACCUCAUAUCAAUAUUCACAAUAUACAUAAAUCAUUAUAGUAUAAUAUUUUAUAUGUAAUGUAUAUUUGAGUUGUGUCUACUUAGCAAAUAAUAUAAAGUUUUGUGAAGAAAAAAUGGUAAAGAAUAUAUUUGAAAUGUAUUGAGUUAAGAGAACUAUAAAAGUUAUAACAAAUCAUCAGAAAUAAAUGUAUGCUCUGGACAAAAAUAUUUCAGAGAUCUCGUCAAGUAGCGACUUCUGUAAAUUGCGUAGUCCAAAGCGUUGGUUGGUUAGAUGGUGAUGUGUGUGUUUGUUGACAUUUCUAACUGUUGUAAUGCAAAAUGGAGAUCUCUGUUGGCUAUGUUGACAAUGUCUGGCACACUGAUAUAAGAGUCAAAAUGUAAGUCACAGUGUUGGAAAAUGAAAAUCACUGAAAGACAAGUAUGACAUAUUAAAUUAUACUGAUUGACAGAGGCCCAUUCUCUCACUAUAACAGUGCAGGUAUGAAACACACCUGUUCAGGGCAGAUAAUGUAGCAGAGACCCAAGUCACAGUCUUAUCCACUGUACAGUAAUGAGUGUUGUUACCUCACUCAGCUGUAGAGACGGAAUAUCCACACUGUACUUAAUAACGCACAGAGUGUAUUUUACAUCAUCACUGAUCCAUAGCUCACUUGCAUCUAACAUGUUGUGAAUCAUAGUUUUAAAUAUAGCCAUCCACUUGCAAGUGAGUAAGCGUAUCACUAGGAUUUUGCACAACCUCUGAAAUUAGCUCUGAAGUUGAAAUGUAUCUUUUAAUGUUUGAUUCUGUGUUUUUUAUCCACUCUGCUGCUGAAAAACUCACUUGAGUCUACACCACCAUCAGUUUUACAUAAUUCAUCUCCUCAAGGCUAAAGCUUACCCGUUUCAAAAGAUCCUUUGUUUUUAUUCAGGUUUUCAGAUACAAUAUAAACAAAUUUGCUUUCUAUGUGCUGUUAUACAUUGUGCAAUCUAGCAAAUAUAUAAGAAACACACAAAGUAGUUUUCUAUGUAUUUUAAUAAAACUAACACAUCUGUUCCCUGUCUGAAAUCUCCUUUGUGUCUCAUCCUCUUGUUAUUCCUGGAAAUGAAUCACAAACGCUUUAUAGUUGUGCUGGUCUAACAUGUAUAAUGGACAUACUGUUAAAAGAAAAUGCUGUGAAACCAAGUAAAUGGUGACAACUGGGCUGCUAUAGUGCUACAGACAAGAUAGGCAAUAUUGCUGUUAAUUGCAAAAAAUGUAUUUGGAAACAAUAUAGUGCUCCUAUGAAUCCAACUCUAAUGUUUAAAUACUGUGUAUGAAGUAAACAUCCACCCCAAGACAUGGUAGUUAACUUAAUCAUCCUUGAAUCAAGGUAUUGAACUGUUGGUAAGAAACAAAUUUUACAGUAAUUGCACUUAAUAUUUUCUAACCAGAUUAUGUCUUAGUACUGCUGUAAACUUGAGCUAGUUACAUUUAAUAUUUUUUGUUAAGCUUAGGGUUAGGGUUAUUGGUUAUAAAUACGCAUAUGCCUUUGCACUUUCACAAUGUGAUUAUUCACCAGUGAAAGCAAAUACAGCCCACCAAUAAUACUUUUGAUUUUACGGACAAUUUGACCUUCAAUAAAAAAAGGAAAACAGGAUAUCAGCUUUGUUGCACCUGUUUUCUUGGUUUCAGAACACAUUUGUGGUGUUUAUAGGCACUCUCUUUUAAUGGUUUUUCCUUCGCUGUUGAUGUGGCAUCUUCCAUAACCAUAUGCAGUGUUUUCUCUUUCACUGUACUGCAUGUUUUCCCUUACGUAUUAGACUUUCAGGGGCAGAUACUUUGACCAUUGAAGGUGAUGGUACUGUUUGUUCAGAUAACUUUCUCACUCAAAGGUGGAAAAACAGGCAAAAAUGAGAGGGCGUGGUGGCAACAUCUUAAUGUUUUGCAAAUGAUAUUCAGUAUGGAAAUGUACUAUUCUACACUGUUAAUGUAAAUAAUAAGAUAAAAUAUUUGAGAGAAUAAGAAACACUUUUAAAACAUUACUUGUAACAUUAAAACUCUUCACUAUUUUGUAAAAAGGACAAGAUAAAACAUGUCUGUAAGGUAAUUAUUUAUAGUAGUAAUGUAACAUAGAGACUAAUAGCAAAACAUAUAUUUUAAAGAGUAUAUUAUGAGUAUAAAGCAUGGGACAUGUUUAUUUUUAUAAACAAAAAUAUCAGACAAUGUUCUCUCAUCAGCACUUAAACAUUUUAACAUUAUAAUAAACAUUUUCUGUGGUUGUCAUUGUUCAGUUGCUUUGCUAAACUGUGUGGAUUUGUCUGUGUUUCAUUCACAUGAUGAGCCCACCAUGGCUUAAUCCAUUGUUUCUUUAUGUGCACCUAUUCAUUUCUGUUUUUAUUUACUGUCAAUGAUCUUGUCGUCACUGUGGUCUUCUGUCUGUGUACAAAGUUAACUCAUGUUUUAAGAGCAAUAAAGUAUAUUAUAUAAACUCUUUCAGAGAAUUUGGAAAUGACAUUGCAUGCAGAAAACUUGUGGAGUAGUGACAGGGUGCCCAUUAGAAUGACAUCAAACAAAUAAGGUCAUGUCAAAGAUAUAUUAAAUGGAUAAGUUUCUCAAAAACUGAUGUUGACUCAACAGUGCAAACCUCACUGCCUUGACACAACAUCAAUGGCUGACGGUAAAAUGCUUUUGUGUUGCUGACAGUUAAGACAAGUUUACUUGAAUAGAGUAUUUCUGUGUUAUUUGUAUUUGUACUAAACAUUUGAAAAGCCAAAAACACUGCAGUGAGGUUAUGCUCAGUUACAAAACUGACAACAAGAAAAGAUAAUCCAGUGAAAAUACAUUCGUCUGUGGAUGUUAGAAAGUGUAACACACAUAAUUUUACACUCUAGUCAAACCUCAACAUUCAGUAAUAUGUCUCUUCAAUAGCUAUUAGUUUAUUCACUGUAGACAUUUUUGACAUGUCACAGUAGGAAAAGCACAGGUGUAAACGGCAAAAUGAAGGCUGAAUUACUUUUAGCUACUUCAGUUUCUGUCCUAGUAUUGUGCAUGCCAUCUCAUUGUCACACUGUCACGGCCUACUGUGACACUUGAAUAAAGCAGAACAAUCGUUAAUGUUAUUAGUAACUCUGCUUUUCCUACUAUGUUAACAAGUCAAAUGUCUACUUUGAAAGGGCCUAUAAUGUUAAAUUAACUGUGGUGUCCUUCAAAUGUGUAUUUUA